AUGGACGAUCCCAAGACUAUUCAGUCUCCCGAUAAUGCGAACCAGGCCGGGGCCAGCGGAGCACAAGACCCGGAGAAGGCCAGUGCGACCUCGGAGAAGGUCUAUGUGGGGGCUGAAGCCGAGGCGACACGGGCACAAGUCGAACAGGACGAGGGGGUGACGAAGGCGGAGGCUCUGUUACUUGUCUUUGGCAAGGGAUGGAAGCUCUGGCUCCUUUGGGCGUCCAUUCUUCUGAUGGAAUACGUGUACUCACUCGCCAACGGAACGACUCGCACGUACGUGCAGUACGCUACUUCCUCCUACUCCGAGCACACCAUCCUCGGAACCAUCUCGGUCGCUACCGUCCUCGUGGGCGGUCUCUCGAGCCCGUUCCUUGCCAAGCUCGCAGAUAUCGCCUCGCGCCCUGUCGCGCUCUCGAUCUCUGUCGCUCUCUACACUCUCGGCUACAUCAUCGUUGCGGCCUCGAAGACAGUCACCGCCGUCGCCGCCGGAGAGGUCAUCUACAGCAUCGGCAGCUCCGGCCUCUAUUUCGUCACCGGCAUCAUUGUCUCUGACAUGACCUCGCUGCAGUGGCGCGGCUUCGCGUACGCGGUCACUGGCUCCGCGCCGUGGCUCAUCAACACCUGGGUCUCGACGUCCAUCACCACCGGAAUCUCUGCCUCCACAGCCGACGGCUGGCGCUGGGGUUUUGGUAUGUUCGCGAUCAUGAUACCCGUGACGCUUACGCCCGCCCUGUUUCUCCUCUUCUGGGGCGACAGGAAGGCGAAGAAACUGGGGGCUCUGUCGCUCGCCGCAUCCGGCCACACACGCCGCAAUGUCCUGCAGGGAGACGCGGAUUCGCAACCGAUACUGAAGAGGAUCCUCACGAGCUGGAACGCCAUGGAUGGCCUUGGCCUCCUGCUCAUCGGCUUUUCGUGCGCGAUGCUCCUCAUCCCUUUCACUCUGUCCACCACGGCCAAAGAAGGCUUCCGUAACCCGUCACUCAUCGCGAUGUUCGUUGUCGCGGGUGUCCUGUUGAUCGCCACGGUGGCUUGGGAGUGGAAGUUCGCCCCGCACCCGACCAUGCCCCUCCGCAUCUGGAACCGGACGGUGAUCUUCUGCGCGUUCAUGGACGGGGUCUACUUCUUGUCCAGCUAUCUAUCAACGACGUAUUUCAACUCAUGGGUCUUCCUCUCGAAGUACACGUACUGGAGCUACACGCAGCCCGUCGCCCUCUGCUUCUUCAUCAUCAUCGCCGGCAUCCUCCAGCGCUACACGCACCGCUACAAGUACCUCCAGGUCUUCGGCCUCUGCGUGCGCGUCAUUGGCCAAGGCCUCCAGCUCCUCGCGGUCUCCAGGCCCACGACCGCGCUCCUCGUCCUCGGCCAGCUCGUCACCUCCCUCGGCGCCGCCUUCCAGAUCGUCGGCUCCCGCGUCGCCGUCCAGGCCUCGGUCCCGCACCAGGACAUGGCCAUCGCCUCCGCGCUCCUCGGGCUCUGCUCGAGCAUCGGCGGCGCGGUCGGCUCCGCCGUCGCCGCCUCGGUGUGGAACGCGGAGGUCCCGCGCGCGCUCGCGCGCCUCCUCGGCGGCGUGUACGACGCGGACGCGCUCGCCGGGAUCUUCGGGAGCAUCGUCGUCGCGCAGGCGGUGCCGGAGCACGCGCAGAUCGUCCAAGCGUACGACACCGCGAUGCGCCCGCUGCUGAUCGCUGCGCUCGUCACCGCGGUCCCGCCGAUCGCCGCGGGCCUGCUCACGGAGGACUUCUACCUCGGCACGCGGCACAACGCGAUCGAGGACAAGGAGGGCGCGGUGCGCGACGCGGACGAGGUCGCGCGGCUGCAGAAGGGCGCGGCGGGGGCAGUCUGA